UCACCUUUGACGGUAUCUAUCCAGUUUGAAAAUGAACUCUCAAAGACAAAGGCGAGUGUAUUCUGCCCUCACAAUAAGCUUCUUAUUGUUCGGACUGGUUUUGUCCGCAAUUGAUUGGAGAAAUCAGGACUACUUGGCUCAAGAUAUCCCUCAAAAUGUGCUCGACACGGUCGAGGGAGCAAUAAUAUCCGAAAGCUCCGUCAAGGUCAAGGGUAUUGAUGUCUUUUACCGAGUGGCCGAACCGGGAAAGGUGGUGGAUCCCACAGGACUCACUUUGUUUUUACUUCACGGAGCGGCAUUUACUUCCUCAACGUGGCAAAACCAGAUCGAUACCACUCAGACCAUGUCCACCUUAGGCCAUCGAGUCAUUGCAGUGGACUUACCAGGAUCCGGUAACACAGCUUCGGGUAGCAUUGGUAAACGCGAGGAGUUCUUGGCAGAGCUGAUUGGAGCCCUCUCACCCGGUCAACCCGUAGUGUUGGUCUCACCUUCUUAUUCUGGCUCGUUCUCUCUACCUCUGUUGCUAUCCAAUCCUGAGCUCCUGAGUGGUUACGUACCCGUGGCCCCUGGGUCAGCUUUCAGCUACAAAGGUCGAUUAUCAAACGUCAGGGUGCCCACUCUAAUCGUUGUGGGUGAAAAUGAUGGCCGCGGGUCGAGUGUCAUUUUGAAGGAAAUCCCCACCAGCAGUGACUUGCAAAUCAUUCCGAAUGCUGGCCAUCCUGCAUAUCUGGAUGAUCCUGAGCGUUGGCACAAGUUGUUACACAACUUCAUGGGUCUUGUUCAGACAAGCGUGAGUGAGACCAGUUCGUAUUCCAAUUCUAGACCGACGAUUGUCGAGCCGAAUCUGUCUGUGGAAAGCUCUUGUGCACUGGUUCCUGGCAGUUCAUUGUUCUUAUUUGUGUCAAUAAUCCCAUUAGUCCCUCUGUGGCUCUUCUGAAGCAAAGGGAAAUUCCUGGGACUUUCAUUUUCUUUUUUCCUAAUAAAGCAUUAGAGAAAACCAACCAGAAA